ACAUUGUGGAGGGAAGGGAGGCAGCUCCAGCUGCCCUGCUCCCGCUCCUGCUCCUACUGGGGCACCUGGGCUGUGCUUCCACCCAGGAAAGCCUUCUGCUCCCACCCUGUGUGAACGAACUAUUGUAAAGGAUUUGCUUCACUCUCUACCUGGUGUCUUUCUUCAAGAUUUUCCAUAGGAAGAAGUGAUGUACCCUAAAUUCAGUCCGAUUUCUGGGCUUCGCUCCACCAUGUCUGUAGCCCUGGACAGUGGAAUGAACCCAUACACCCAGUGAAAGCAGACGAAGGAGUUUGGGCAGCACAGAAAAAAGCAAAUACAAUGAAGAAUGAAGAAACGAGUUUUAAUGUGGACAGUACCCAAGCCUCUCCCUUCUCCUGCUGCCUGCAGCCACUGAGCACUGUUACAAAGCCGCAUAGAACAACGUCAUUCGGUGAAGAGUUCAGACCACACCUCUCACAUUUCCACUAUGGCCCUCCUCCUCUUGGAGAGAUGGAAACAUUCCAGGGGUCCUUGGAAGGAGGGUCUCGGAAACGCAAGAGCAUGCCAACGAAAGUACCUCCUUCUAUAACCCUUGAGGGUUCCUCGUCACCCCCAGAGAGACUUGAAGAUCACAAUGACAUAGGCUCUUCUAGUCUUCCCUUGGUGUUCCCACAGCCAGCACAGCCCAAGUACAGUUCCCAGAUGAUUGAUCUCUGCAGCUUUGGAUUUCAGUUCUACAGAACCCUAGAGCACUUUGGACCCAAGCCCAUUAAGCAAGAACCAGUGAAAUCUAAUGUGGCAUGGUCCAGUAGCCCAGCAUUCAUGCAGGGUCCUUACCCUUUUUAUCCUAAAGUCCACCCUGCCUUAAUGUUUCCUUUUAUUGUGCCACCAAACUUUCAUUUCAGAAACCCGUUUCAAAUGAAAAGAUCUCCAGAGCCGCACUUCCAAAGAGCUGAAGCCAGAGAAAGUGGUGAAAAUAAGCAGAAAGUGGAAAGAGUAGAUGUCAACCUUCAGAUAGAUGACAGUUACUACAUUGAUGUUGGGGGUGAACAGAAACGCUGGCAAUGUCCCAUGUGUGAGAAGUCAUAUACGUCCAAGUACAAUUUGGUCACCCAUAUUUUGGGGCACAGCGGCAUUAAGCCACACGCUUGCACUCGAUGUGGCAAGCUUUUCAAGCAGCUGAGCCACUUGCACACACAUAUGUUGACACACCAGGGCACUCGACCUCAUAAGUGCCAGGUGUGCCACAAGGCUUUCACUCAAACCAGUCACCUUAAGAGACAUAUGAUGCAACACAGUGACAUCAAGCCCUAUAACUGCAGGAUCUGUGGCAGAGGUUUUGCCUACCCCAGUGAGCUGAAAGCACAUGAGUCCAAGCAUGAGAGUGGCAGAGAGAACAUUUGUGUAGAGUGUGGUCUUGACUUCCCAACUCUGGCCCAGCUGAAAAGACACUUAACAACCCACCGUGGCCCUAUACAGUACAAUUGCACGGAAUGUGAUAAGACCUUCCAGUACCCUAGUCAGCUGCAAAACCACAUGAUGAAGCACAAAGAUAUCCGCCCAUACAUCUGCACUGAAUGUGGCAUGGAGUUUGUGCAGCCCCACCAUCUCAAGCAACACUCUCUAACUCACAAGGGUGUGAAAGAGCAUAAAUGUGGAAUCUGUGGCCGGGAAUUUACUCUGCUGGCCAACAUGAAGCGACACGUCCUGAUCCACACCAAUAUCAGAGCCUAUCAAUGCCAUUUGUGCUUCAAGAGCUUUGUGCAAAAGCAGACUCUCAAGGCCCACAUGAUUGUGCACUCUGAUGUCAAACCCUUUAAAUGCAAGCUCUGUGGAAAGGAAUUUAAUAGAAUGCACAAUUUAAUGGGACACAUGCACUUGCACUCAGACAGUAAGCCUUUCAAGUGCCUCUACUGUCCCAGCAAAUUCACCUUGAAGGGGAACCUAACCAGGCACAUGAAAGUCAAACAUGGGGUCAUGGAAAGAGGAUUUCAUUCUCAAGGUUUUGGAAGAGGAAGAAUUGGUCUGUCCCAGACAAAUGUCUUGAGAAACUUGGAACAGGAAGAGCCCUUUGAUCUUUCCCAGAAAAGCCAAGGGAAGGGAAUCUCAUUUCACUCAGAUGGCGAGAGUGCCAAGGGAAGCUCAUGUCAGGAAGAAGAGGAAGACAACUGCUAUGAGGCAGAGCAGUACAGCCCUGCCAUGUACAACCAUGAUGACAACAAGCUGUAUGUGGCUCAAGAUCUGUCCAGCAAACCUGAGUGCAUGAUGAGUGACUUCAAAGAGUCCCACUGCAAUGAGAAGGAAGAAGUGCUAAGUGAGAGAGGACUGGAGAAGAGAAUAGAAAAGUCGGACAAACAGGAGGGCCAAGGUGAGAGAGACCUUGCAAACAACAAAGAGCACGUCAGCUUUAGAUCUUUUGAAAAGGCCAGACUUGGGCACUCUCUCUCUGAUUACUUGUAUUUCAAGCACAGAAACAAAAGUUUGAAAGAGUUGCUGGAAAGAAAAAUGGAAAAACAAACAAUGCUUAUGGGCAUUUAAAAUGAACACUUUAAACCUAGUGGAAAAUGGGGAUCAGAUAGAUUUUAAUAUGCACUGUAAUUUACCAAAUCCUGGAAUUUUGUAAUAGUCUUUAGAAAUAAACAAACCAAACUAAUAAAAACAAUUUAACGUAAAACAGAUACAUUAAAAGUAUAAAGCAGUUCAAGGUCACCAAGAAAUGCAAUAGAUAUUGAACAAUAACAUUUUUAUACUUAACCAUUUGAUGUGUAAGCAGACAAUGGGGUAGGUACAGAAGUUUAUUUUUCCUUUAUCUGGGGUGGUAGAGACUUAUACACAAUUUCCUAGCUAUAAAAAAGCAACAUACUUCAGCUUCUGAUUUAUUAUGAGACUAAAUAUAUAUGAACACUUCUAACCAUAGGUCUCAAAAAAAUUGAAAAUACUAAGUAUUUCACAGUAUAAGCAAUAGUAUUAUUAAAUAUAGCGUGCAUGAAAGUGCAGUCACCCUUAGAACUAACAUGGUUCAAACGCUUUCAUUUACUGAAAUGACUGUUAGUCCAACAAUUUACAGUGAGAAACAGAAAGCAAAUUAAGAAGAAAUACCAAUGCCUUGUGAGAUAACAAAGCAUAGCUCUGUAAGGCUUUUAAAGGACCGGUAUUUAUUGUAGUCUCAGAAGGUUUUCCUCUGGCACAGAGGAAGAUCAUGAUUUGCUGUGUUUCAGUCAGUAUAGGAGCAUUCAGCAAUUCUUUAAGUGAAGUAGUAUGGGCUGUGUAGACAUUUUGUUCUACAGUCUGCUCAGACUAAUACGUCUAGUGAGCAGCAACAGCAUCUAGCAUUUGCAGGUCUUGCUGUAAUUACACAUAAAGCAAUGUGAGUAAUUUCAUUGAGAAAAUGAUACAAUUUUGCCCUUCAUCCCUUCAGUUUAUCUUGGCUAGCAAGGAUGAUUUUGAAAUACACAGGUCUGAUCAGAUUUUAUUUUAGAAGGUGUGCCAAAAAAGAGCCCUUAGAGCAGAAGCGACACCUCACAGAGGAAAACUGAUUUUGGAUUUCCUUUUAUAGGACUAGGAAACUGUCCUUUAUCAACAUGACUUGACCAUUUCAAAAGAAUUCCACUCAUGCUGUUUUUACUGAGUCAUUCUCAGCUUCUUAUCCUCUAAUUCCCAUAUAACGAUAUGUUCAUAUCAAAGAUGCUAAAAACAUAUUCCAGUAAGCACAUUCCUUUAAUUGCAUGAAUAGUUUGACCAGCACCUUAAUUCCUGCAUCUUCAAGACAGACAGCAAACAGCCCCAUACCAUCCUAUUGCUUACAAGGAAAUAAAAAUUUAGUAAGUCAUUUAAUUAGUCUCAUGUCAUUCUGUCAUGUCAGCUCAAAAGUUUAAAAUACAUAUAUAUGGUACAUCUUUUCCAAAUAUUACUACCUUCUUCACUCACCUGCCAAGUACUUGGUUUUAAAUACCUUGCUAUCAUGUUCAAUAUAUAGCGAGUGAUAAUUCAAUAUGGUUAUAUACUUACAGCUUGCUAAAGCUAGAGUCAUGUAGCUGCAGCUCACUGCUGUUAUAAGGAACCACCCACCUUAGAGAACUAAUGAUUCUCAGACACACCAGUGAAUUGGCAUUCACAGGACACCAGGCACCAGCCCUUAUCCAUCACGUAAAACUGGGUUUGUGUAGUCCAAGGUUAACUAAUGUGGGUUCGUUUUUCAGGGCUCCAGCACGGCAAAAUAAAGACUCUGAAUGUAGAGCAGGAAAAGGUGUUCAUUAAAGAAGCAGUAAAAUAUGUGUGACUCUUCUAAAUGUAAUUAACUCUAUAGCUGAUGUAAGUAUUUUCUUUUUAAAUAAAAAGAAUAUAUUAAAUUGAAGUGGGAUGUAGGUCACUUUUGGCCUGGAAUUAAUGAUGUUUUUCAAAAUGAGGUGUACUUCAGAGAUACACAGCCACGUUUUUAAGUUAUGAACUCUUCUAUCAUACACACAGAACUUCCUUGGUUCCAAUAGCUUCUAGGCAAUAUCUUGUCUCUACCAGACAAAAGCUAUUUGAGAAUGUAUACAGCCAGGAGCUGAAAGCCGCAGACUUGUAGAAAUGUCUCUCUCAAGGUGGCAUAAUUUCAAGCUGUGUAUGAUUCAGGGCCAGUCCGCUCCACUUUGCAGCCAUAUUAGAUCCUAUGAUAAGAAGAAUAAGCAAGGAAACGGGAACCUGGCUGCAAUUUCUAGAAUGGUGAUCAUGAGGGUGAGUUGAAGUCUGCAGUUCAGAGUUCCCUUAGAGACAUCAUAAGGGAAAGUGACAGGCACGUCCUUAGGAAAGGAAAUGACUAUGAACAGUUCUGGGUUGUCUGCAUGGUUAACCCAAACACUUUCAAUCACACAGUCAUUGCAGCUACUAUAUCCACUUUUACAAACUCACUUCUCAUUUGAGCAAAAGCAACUCACAACCACAUACCACCAGGUGGAAAGCAGAGGCCCCAGAAUGGCUGUGUUAUUUGGGAAAAAACUGCAAUAUGAAUACCUUUUCUUGAAUCCUUCCUAGAAAGCAAAGAAUAUUCCUUUAGAAUGAGGCCUUGAGACUGUGCCCAGUCACAUAGUCAUACUAAGCUAAUUCACAAACACCCAAGGCUAAUUCAUGUUAGAAUAUUAAAGAACUCAUCUAAAAUAGUAAAUCACUAGUCAGAGCAAUUACAAACAAAACUAUUACUGUGAUAAGGAGACAGUACCAAGUGACCUAAGCAAAGAGAUUAGGGGAUGAUAGUUCUCCUUACUGCAGAACAUAAUGUGGCUGGGUCUAAGAUACUUGUUACGAAGAGGCCCCAAGGGACAAAUUUAAAGUGAAGUAACAGCUUUCAUUGUGAAACACCUUGCUUUUCAAACAUAAGUUAUUUUCAAGCUAUUUACGUUGGCAGUGUUUUGGGAACAGACAGUAACAGCCUUUGCUUUUUAAUAGCUUUGAAAAUGCUUCAUAGAUAUUUGCUUUCAUAAUGAAGUUAUUUCCCCUUUCUAAUUUUCGAGGGAAUAGCUUCCUUGUUUUGCUUUGGAUAGAGGUUCAGAAGUCCUGUAGAGAUAUUGCCUGUGUCCUGGACUUUGGAGGAUAAAUUUUCUUUUUUUCUCCUUCCUAAUCUGAGUCUAUCUACCUUCGUCUUGAUAUGUUGUGGAAAAAAAUGUAUUUAUCUGACUUUUCUCUGUUAUUGGGUUUUAAGCUUGUCGUAACACAUGAAAUAAAAGCCCAAUCUCCACCACUUCUAUAUUAAAUUACAUCCAUGCCAUUUCCCUGUAUUAUUAUAUGAAGCCUAAUUUCAUCUUCUUGGAUCAGAGCAAGUAAGAGUGGCCACAAACUCAUACAGCCGGGAUGCUCUACAAACUCCUGCUAACUUAGAUACUUCAAGAAGCCCUGCUCAGGAAAGGUAAAUUGGCCACAUCAUAAUGUGUCUGGACAAGUGAAGGCAAGUAGUUUUUUAAAUUAGAGGCGUUUAUGCUGUUAAGGGCAGCACGGAGAAUUCUACAAGACACUGUACAGAACAGAGGAGGUGGAUGAAAAGUAAAAAGUUGGGUUACUAAAACCUGGGGGGUAAAGAAACAUGAAGUAUUGGAGGAGAAAGUGAAAUCUUAGGUAAUCCUGGAACAAGGGGUUUUGAGUCUAGACAUCAGGACUCGGCCAUCCCUCAUGAAUUUGAGUUCUUCUGGCUGCUGGGUAGCCUCCACUCUAUGACAAAGACAGGAUCUCUGUGUUCAGCAGCUCAAAGGAUAAAACAUUUUAUGAUAUUAUUAUAAUAGAAUUUCAUCCUGUGCCAUGUCCAAUAAAGCAAGUUACUGGAAAGAGCAAGUAAUGUUACAGCACCCACCUUUUUACAACUCUGUCCUGGUCUAAUAGCUAGUCUCUGAUUUAUCUCUUCAUAUGGUGCUGCAGGGCUCUGCUAUUAGGAGUCUACAGUUCAGAAGUAAUAUGAGUAGUAUAUUUAUUAUUCCAAGAAGUUUUAAAUAAUUAUUAACAGUUUUUGAAAAUAAGUCAUGUCUGCUUUGCUGAACAAGAUGUAACAGAGCUAACAUUUCGUACUGCUAACAUAUUUUGCAAAUAACUUGGUGUAUGUUUACCUCACGUAGAAUAUUGGUUUCCUGUUUAAAGCCUCAGCUCAAAAAAAAGGAUCAACUAUCUGUGAAUAUUAAGCUUCUGGAUUUCUCUUUCAGUUGUAAAAGCAUGUAUGAUGUAUUGUAUUAAUUUAAGCGAAUAAAUAUGUACUGGAAAAGCUGCCCUACUUUGCAUUCAAAU